AUGGCGGAGGAACUGCGGCGACUUCAGGAGAGGGUCCGUGAGUUGGAGGCGGAACGAGCCCAGCUGCACCAGGAGCGGGAGGCCGGUCCUAGCCUGAGAGGACAAGUGGACAACCCAGGGACUACAGAGACUGUCAUCUACCUUCCUCGUGAACGAAAGUGCCCCAUGUUUCGAGGAACUCACGGGAUUGGGAUUGAUGACUGGGUGGAGGAGCCUGCUUUGCCCCCUCCAGAGACCAGUUCGAACGUCUGGCCACAGGUGGCGUUCGUAGAGGACGAGGCCAGGGGAGAUGAGUUGGAGUUGGGGGCUUGGCUGGUGGUCAGGGAGUCGGUCAGUGCCCCUUCUACGCCGGUCGAGCCACUCGCCCGGGAGUUGCCUGUCGCCAGUCCAUCUCCAGUGGUGCCUUCUCGCGCCGGGUCUGCAUUGCGUGGUGUUAACCGGUGGGACACCGAUUCAGUUGGGGGGGGUAGAUGUAACCAGGCGGGUUACUUAUGGGUUUUAUUCCGGCGGUCAGUGAACGCACUCGCUCCCUCGCUGUCUGCCUACCAGCUGGAGCAGCUAAUUAGCAGUAAUGUAAAGCCGGUGCGCAAACCAGAGCAGCACACCUCUGGAGCUUCGGGUUUGGGGUCGUGUGUGUGGGGCCGAGGAGUAAUGUGGUGGUCUGCUGGUGUCUGCUUCAUGCCCGAGCUUCAUAUUGUGCCGGGUUGA